AUGGCGAUGCUAACCGGGCUACUCGAAACCCCUUAUUUCACCCCGGGCGUGUGUAUAGCCCUGCUCGUGAUUCUCAUCUCGAGUGUCUGGGACGACUUAUCGACUGAGGUUCCCCCACAGAGGAGUGCCGCUCGUUGGGAAGAACUGGUGGAAUCUAUCCAACAAGAAGGCAAGGGCGCAAUGGUCCCAGUCUGCACGUACGUUGAUCACGGAGGGGGCCAAUCUGUCUUCCAAGUGAUGACCCCCAGUCACCCAACGAUCAUCCUGCAUCCUAAAUACAUAGAUGAAGUCAAGGCUCACCCGGAUUUGCACUUUCUGGAGGCUAUUAGGAAAAACUUUUUUGCGAACCGCGUUCCAGGGUUUGAAGGCUUCCAUGCCGGAGGAGGAUCUGAAAAGGGCGACAGGAUCCUGGUAGAUGCUGUCCGGGUAAACCUCACCCAAGCACUGGGAUCCCUCACCACGCCACUAAUGAAGGAGACUGCCUUAACUUUAGACGAACACUUUCCUCCCACGAAAGAAUGGACCCCUUACAUCUUCGCCCGGGAGCUCCCUUACGCAGUAGGCCGCAUCUCGACGCUCAUUUUCCUCGGCGAACGAGCUGCCCGCAAUAAAGAAUGGGUCAACGUCGCGGUGAACUACACCAUCGACGCCUUCGACGCCGCCCGCGCCCUGCGCAUGUGGCCGGCGAUCAUGCGGCCCCUCGUGCACCACUUCUUACCCUACAUGAACAAGGUUCGUGCGCAUCUGAAGGUCGGCCGGGCGAUUGUCCAGGAGGAGAUCGAGCGACGCGCCGCCAUUAGAGAAGGCCGGUUACCAGCCGAGGAGACGCCGCACACGCACUCCGACUCGCUGGACUGGUUCACGAAUCUUGCCACGCGGUACGGGGAGCCCUAUGACCUGAUGACCGGGCAAAUGGGGUUGUCGCUUGCGGCGAUUCACACAACGUCGAAUCUGCUGACGAACGUGGUGUACGAUUUGGCGGCGCACCCGGAGUAUUUCCAGCCGCUGCGGGAGGAGAUCAAGGCCGUUUUGGAGGAGGACGGGAAGCUGAAGAAGACGAGUCUGUUGAAGCUGAAGUUGCUGGAUAGUAUUCUGAAGGAGUCGCAACGGAUGCAUCCUGUCAAUUUGACAUCCCUGAUCCGUAUCGCGAGUAAGAAAAUCACCCUCUCGGAUGGCAAUAUCAUUCCCAAGGGCGCCAUCACUGCCAUAUCCGCACAUGUCGUUAACGAAGAUGAAUCUAUCUACCCCAACGCCGCUACCUACGACGGCUACCGCUUCCUCAAGAAAAGACAGCAACCUGGCCACGAGCACCGGCACCAGCUCGUCACGACGACAGCCGAGAGCUUCGGGUUCGGACACGGGGUGCAUGCGUGUCCGGGGCGGUUCUUCGCAUCGAAUGAGUCGAAGAUCGUGCUCCUUCAGCUGCUGCUCAAGUAUGAUUGGAAGUUUCAAGAUGGGGUGACCCGGCCGAAGAACUUGGAGUUUGCUACGGAGUCCGUACCGGAUCCGACGCUGGCGGUGUUGUUCCGGGCGAGAGAGCCGGAGGUGGAUCUUGGCAGGUUUUAUGAUUUGGGGGUUUAG